CCUGACAGCGGCACAUCUGUGGAAGUGCAGAGGUACAAGUUCCUAGCUGUGCGGCAGCCCCGACCACCGGAGAGCGAAAUAUGAGUGAAAGUCAGGAUUUUUGCGAACCUUUUCAGGACAGUAAGGCUGCAUACGUGCUCAGCAAUGUCGCCGAAGUGGUGGAGAGAGUUCUCAUGUUCAUACCGACCAAAUCGCUCCUGCAGGUCGCCAGUGUGUGCAGACUGUGGAGGAACUGUGCCCGCAGAGUGCUGAGGACCCAGCAGCAUCUGACCUGGGUGUCCGCCUCCGGUCCCUCCACCACAGAGCUGCACUCGUUCUGCAGCACCCUGGCUGAAGAAGUGGAGAAAGUAUUCCUCCUGCCUAAAACAGUUCUGAUGAUUCUAGACUGUGAGGCCCUGAGUGGACAAGCUUAUUGCUACGAGCAGAGCAAAGCAAAAAAGAGUCGCCAAUGUUCGAAUACAGCUGAAGAACUGAACCAGAUUUUCCCCAAAGGCUGUGACAUCGUUGGCAUUGCUGCGCCGGGGGUAGUCUUGACUCCUACUGGUUCCUGGAGCGGUCCUCCUAAGGAGCACCAGGAAGGGGAGGCAGGCUUUGCAGUCAUGCUUCCCAACACCGAGGGCGUCCACAUCAGGCCAUUUCACUUUUGUAAGAAGACGAUCUCUUUGUCAGCCAUGAAGGAAGCAGGACUAGUUGACAACCCAGAGCUACGAGUUGUGGUGAUGUUCAUCUAUGAGGCGUAUAAAUCUGGAGGAGCGCGGUUCCUCAACCAGAUUCUUGAGCCGCUGACAAACAGCAAGGCUUUAAUUGCAGGAGGGCUGGUGGAAGGCGUCUUCUCUCCUCCCAGAGACUGCUGCAGCAAGGGCGCAUAUGGUGUAGUCGGUCUGGCUCUGAGUGGCCGUAAGGUUCAGGGGGCAUCUGUGCUCCUGGACCAAGAUGUUGGCACGGCGAAGGAAGCUGAAGCCACAGUCCGACGGCUAAAGGCAGCCAAGAUUCCCGAGAGAAACACCCUUGGCUUCAUGUUUGCCUGCGUGGGCAGGGGCCAGAACUACUACCACAACCAGCACAACGUAGAGGCAGACGCUUUUCACAAGGUCUUCCCCAAUACGCCUCUGUUUGGCCUCUUCGGCAACGGCGAGAUCGGCUGCGACCGGAUCGUUAAAGACGACUACACCCUUUGUAACUCCGACUCCGACACCUUGCAGCACGAGUACACCACCGUCAUGACGCUGGUCCACUUUGGCUGACUGCGCAGCAGUAACAAUGAUUAGGAGGAAAAAGUAAAAGUGUCACGCUUCUGUUGUCUACGACAGCUUGGAGCUGCAAACAUGUACAAAGUGUUACCCAGGAUGUUGCUGUCUUCAUUUAUGCUUACAAAGCAGGACAAUAAUCACCUCAGCCAUAAAUGCUUAAUGACAACCCUUGGGAGAUUUCAAAUCUUGGAGACUUUGUAAUGAAAGGAAUGUCCCAAAUUGUAUAUAAUGAAAACAAAUUCCGCUCGUCUUCGUAGGCUUGUAUUUUCCGCCCCAAUUUUCUCACACAAUAUUCUCCUAACUGCACUUUUUCUCCAUGAAGUAAAGAAGUUGGGCUUGUUUUUCCUCCACAAUAUCAGGGUAAACUUAACAAGUUUGACACAGUUUUGUGUCACCCAGUGUUAACUUGUAGGUACAUUGUAUUUUAUUUUUUGUGGGGUCACAUCAGCUCGAUUAUUCUACCUAUUAGCUUGGCACGCUGAUUGUUUUAUAUCAGCUUCUGAGGCCUAAAGGAAACAGCCGGAAAGGCGGCCGCUUGGGCUAAGUGAUGCUGACAGACAGAAACUAGGCCUUUUUCAAGUUUUCCGCUGAAGUGUCAAGUUAUUUGCAAAAAAACAACACAGGUACAUCCUAAUUGUUACAAGGGUAAAUUUUUAGGCUUUUAGGGUCGUUAACAUGUCAGAUAAUUUGAAAUUAUUGUUUGUCCUGCAUGAUGAAUGGUUAGUCUGGCAUUUUCUUUUUCAUUUUCAGAUACACGUAGAAAGUGUUCAGCUUUACAGAUGCCUCUUCAGUGCCUAGACUCGUACUCCUUGCACUUUUUCACAAUUUGUUAACUUACAAUGAAUGUUAUUGGGAUUUUAUGUUAUAGACCGACAAAAGGAAACAACAUGGUCAACACUGAUCAAAAUUGGAAAAGUGCAGCAUAUUUUCAGCCUUCCUGAGGUAAUAUUUUCCCUGCUGCUACAGCUGCUAGUCUUUAAGGGUAUGCCUCUGCCAGCUGCCCUACCUCGGUCAGGUUGAGGUGUAGAGCAUCUCUGAAAAUCAGUUAAAUCUUUCAACCGAUUUUCUGUUUAGACUUUGACUGGACCAUUCUAGCACAUAUUUAUGCUUUCAUUCAAUUAUAGCUCUGCAUGUUUAGUGUCAUUGUCCUGGUGGAAAUUGAACCUCCAACCUAGUCUGAAGUCUUUGGUAGCCUCCAAAGGGUUACAAUCAUCAUCCCAUCAACUCCUGGAAGCUUUCCUGAAGAAAAGCAUCCCCAGAGCACGCCGCCGCCACCACUGCAUAGGGUGUUAGUUACCUGUCACUUACAGUAUUUUGCCAUUUUGGUCUCAUCUGACCAGAGCACCUCCUACCGCAUGUUUGUUGUGUCUUUGGAAUAUUGUUUGCUAACCUAACCUUACUUUAAACUGCACUGCAAAAUCAUUUCUGGUUUGUUUCUUGUUGAGUGUUCCCUAAUGUUUCCUCUAACAAACCUCUGAGGCCUUCACAGAACAGCUGUAGUUAUUCUGACAUUAAGCAUAUUUUUUUUUAAGGUAAAUCGAAGUAAAGGGGGCUGAAAAAUAAAUGCCGAGGCCUCAGGUGUUUAAUUUUUUUCUCUUUUGUUUUCUCUCCCUUUCACAGUUAAUUCACUGAUUGUGUUGGUCUAUCACAUAAAAGUCUAAUACAAUGCAUUGAAGUUUGUGGUUAUAGCGUGACAGAAUGUGAAAGUCAGUAGGAAUAGGACAAGGCCUCUGAAAACAUGCUAAAUGUGAAACUUAUGUCUAAUUUCUUUCCUAAGGCUUCGUUGCGAAAUGGUGCAAUUUCAUUAUAUACACGGUUUAUUAGGUGAUUGUUGUAUCUUGAACAACGCUGAUGUGUAAUUGUAAAAAAUAAAACUACAACAGUGAUUGUAAACAAAAAAAUAAAUAGUUUAAAAGUUCCCAAUAAAACUGUUGACUUGUUAUCCACCUUUUAACUGUAAUAUAAUAAUACAUCCUGUAUAGUUUUGAAAAUAAAUAUGGAUAAAACUCUUUUAGUUAAAUCAAAACUGUUGUUAUUGCUGCACUUUUUGUAUUUGCCCAAUCAUAUUUGUUCUGCUCAAACACUCAAUAAACUAGACAUUCCUUU